AUGGUCCUCGCGCAUAGAGCUCUGAGAGACCAAACGCUCCGCAAUACACUCAUGUCUACAUCGGACGCACUUGUUCUUUUCGAUGUUGGAGCAGGUCAAGCUCAAGGAAGCAGAAAAUUCCAGGAAGAUAGACACACGAUAAUCUUACCGGAACACUUCCCCGCAAAGACGGAUGACAAUCUUGCGUUCUUUGCGAUAUAUGAUGGACAUGGAUCCGGACUUGUCGCAGACCAUGCCAGUAAGAAUCUGCAUAAGGUAUUUGCCCAACGACCUGAGCUUCAACAAGGCGACUAUGCAGCCGCAAUGAAGGCCGCACUGGCCGAUGAAGAUGGCGUGCUACUGGACAAUUUUAUGCGCGAGUCCGUCGAGCCCGCCGUAUCUGGAUCAACAGUGGCGGUGUGCUUGGUCAAUUUGACGACUGGAGAGCUGGUAGUCUCCAAUCUGGGCGACUCGCAUGUCAUCUUGGCCGAACGGGAUCCCAAGACCGAAUAUCCAUAUCACGUUCGUCGCCUCACAGAAGCGCAUAAGCCCGAAGUGCCUAGCGAGCGAGCACGUAUCAAAGAGGCUGGAGGUACGGUGGAAAAACGGAACGGGAUCACUCGGCUCGGAUCCCUGAAUAUGUCCCGGGCACUGGGCGACUUGCAGUACAAGAACCCGGUGAACACCGUGGAGGAUGAAAUUCCAACGACUCAAGCACGGCGCGCCUCGUCGUCAUCGGCGCCAGUUCGUGGGGAUUUCUUGUCCAACGAUCCCUACAUCUCAGUGCGCACGCUGCAGUCGAAUCGACGAUACUUGCUCGUUAUCGUAUCGGACGGGGUGAGCGACCGUAUCGACGAUACGGCCUUGAUCCAGCACGUGAUGAAACUGUCGAUGCGGGGGAUGCGCGCCAACGAUAUUGCCCAGGAGAUAACCAGUAGCACUGCUAGUCGUCCCAAGAGUGACAAUGCCUCGUGUGUUGUUGCGAUGCUGGAUGGACAACAUUCGUGA